AUGACCCCCUCAAAAUUGUCAGUCAUCACCCCCGUAGACUCGACCGUCUUCGCGACCGUCCAGAUCUCCUCCUCUGAACAAGUCCAAGCCGCCGUCGAGCGUGCCGCCAAAGCCCAAAAGUCAUGGAAGCGAGUCCCGCUCAAGCAGCGUGUCGAGAUGGGCCGUCGGUUCCUCGAGGUCUUUGGAACCCGCAAGGACGAACUUGCCAAGGAGCUGACCAUGCAGAUGGGUCGCCCCUUGAGGUACACUCCUGGAGAAAUCAAGGGAACUCAGGAUCGUGGGAAAUAUAUGGUCGAUGUUGCCGAGGAGGCCUUGAAGGAUGUUGAGAUUGUGGAGGCCGGUCAGGAGGGCAAGUUUAAGAGGUUCAUUCGUAAGGAGGCCGUCGGUGUCGUACUUAUUGUUGUUCCCUGGAACUACCCUUACUUGUCGUCGUUGAACGGAGUACUGCCCUCGAUCAUUGCCGGUAACUCUGUCAUCCUCAAGCACUCCUCCCAGACUCCUCUCUGCGGCGAGCGAUUCGGCGAGGCGUGGACUGAGGCUGGUCUUCCCGACGGCGUCUUCCAGUGCAUCCACAUGUCUCAUGCCGACACCGAGGCUCUGGUCAGGAACCCCCUCAUCAACUAUGUCAACUUUACCGGAUCCGUUGAGGGAGGCCACCAGAUCCAGAAGGCUGCAAGCGAAAAGUUCAUCGCGACGGGAUUGGAGUUGGGAGGCAAGGAUCCAGCAUACGUCCGCCCCGACUGCGACCUCAAAUACACGGUCGAGACUCUUGUUGACGGCUCCUUCUUCAACAGUGGCCAGUGCUGCUGUGCCAUUGAGCGCAUCUACGUCCAUGCCGACAUCUAUGACGCCUUUGUUACCGCCUUUGUCGCCGAGACCAAGAACUACCGUCUUGGAAACCCCUUGGAGCCCGAGACGACUCUUGGACCUAUGGUGAAGACUAAGGCCGCCGACUUUGUUCGUGCCCAGAUCGCUGAGGCCAUCUCGCAGGGAGCAAAAGCGCACAUCGACACCUCCCUCUUCCCCGCCGACAAACCCGGAACCCCUUACAUGGCGCCCCAAGUCCUAACCUCCGUCACCCACUCCAUGCGCGUCAUGACCGAAGAAUCCUUCGGUCCCGUCGUCGGCAUCAUGCGCGUCACCUCCGACGAAGAAGCCAUCCAUUUUAUGAACGAUUCCGAUUUCGGACUCUCGGCUUCGAUCUGGACUAACGAUGCGGAUGCGGCUUUGAGGAUUGGAGACCAGAUCGAGACGGGGACUUGGUUCAUGAACAGAUGUGAUUAUUUGGAUCCUGCGCUUGCUUGGGUCGGUGUGAAGGACUCGGGUAGGGGUUGUACUUUGAGUAAGUUUGGGUAUGAUCAGGUUACGAGGCUGAAGUCCUUCCAUUUGAAGCUCGUCACCGCUUAA